AUGGCGAUCCUCGGGGAGCUCGGGACGGAGAUCCUCAUCCCUGUCUGCGGGGUCAUCGGCAUCGUCUUUGUCGUCGCGCAGUGGUUCAUCGUCUCCAAGGUCAAGGUCACCCCCAGCACCGCCUCCGCCGCCGCCGGCGCCAAGAACGGCUACGGCGACUACCUCAUCGAGGAGGAGGAGGGCCUCAAUGACCACAACGUCGUCAUCAAGUGCGCCGAGAUCCAGACCGCCAUCUGUGAAGGCUCCGGCGGUGUAGCGGCAACAGGCUCCUACGGCUCUCCCUUUGGGCUGCUUACUUGGGGGCAGGAAGAGGUCAAGCUGUUGGGGACGUGGCUGCAGGGCGACCGUGCCCUCACCUUCUGCCACCUCCUCGCCCGCAACACCGUCAGGGCCAAGCCAGCCCAACUCGCCUUCGGUACACCGUCAGGGCCAAGCCAGCCCAACUCGCCUUCAGGUUAUGGUCUUGGUGGGUCUUCCAUGGCUCUAUUCGGAAGAGUUGGUGGAGGUAUCUACACUAAGGCUGCUGACGUGGGUGCUGACCUUGUUGGCAAAGUUGAGAGGAACAUUCUUGAAGAUGACCCAAGGAACCCAGCUGUGAUUGCUGAUAACGUUGGUGAAAAUGUUGGUGAUAUUGCUGGAAUGGGAUCAGAUCUCUUUGGUUCAUAUGCAAAGUCUUCCUGCGCUGCUCUUGUUGUUGCUUCCAUCUCAUCUUUUGGAAUCAACCAUGAUUUCACUGCGAUGUGCUACCCACUGCUCGUGAGCUCUGCAGGCAUCAUUGUUUGCUUGCUCACCACACUCUUUGCAACUGAUUUCUUUGAGAUUAAGGCUGCAAACGAAAUUGAGCCUGCUCUGAAGAAGGAGCUCAUCAUCUCCACUGCUCUAAUGACUGUUGGUGUUGCGGUCAUCAGCUGGUUGGCUCUUCCAGCUAAGUUCACCAUCUUCAACUUCGGUGCUCAGAAGGAAGUGUCCAAUUGGGGCCUUUUCUUCUGCGUGGCAGUUGGUCUAUGGGCUGGUCUGAUUAUUGGAUUUGUGACUGAAUACUACACUAGCAACGCCUACAGCCCUAUGCAAGAUGUUGCCGAUUCCUGCAGAACUGGUGCUGCCACCAACGUCAUCUUCGGUCUUGCUCUGGGGUACAAGUGUGUUAUCAUCCCAAUUUUCGCUAUUGUUGUCAGCAUCUACGUCAGCUUCUCCAUUGCUGCAAUGUACGACAUUGCAAUGGCUUCUCUUGGCAUGCUAAGCAUAAUGGCAACUGGUCUUGCCAUUGAUGCUUAUGGUCCCAUUAGUGACAAUGCUGGUGGAAUUGCUGAGAUGGCUGGCAUGAGCCACAUAAUCCAUGAGAGGACUGAUGCUCUUGAUGCUGCUGGCGCCACAUCUGCCCGAUGGAUGGCUGUGGAAAGAAAUUCUUCACGCACAAGCAUCUGCUGCAGCACUGCGAGGUUCACACCUAAACGACGAAGCAGUUGA